AUGCAACAGGUGUACUCGGCGCAGUACAGAUAUGGACUGCGGUCUCCUGGCCCCUGUUCUGAAGACGGGAGCAUGAAGUGCGAGCAGUGGGUGCUGCACAUAUCGGACCACAACACCUUGGAGGCAGAUCCGGAGAGGCCUGAGGUGUUCUUCAGCGGGUGUCUCCACGGCGACGAGCAGGUGGGGCCUACCGCGGUGGUGGAGAUGGCGAAACUCAUGGUCUACGCUGCGGUAUGCCACGCCGACUCCACCACGAAGGAGUGCGACCACCAUGCCCUGCGAGAGGCGCCGGAAUCGGUUCCAUGGUUGGCCCGGCUGGCCCUGACGCGCAGCACCGUGAUCAUGCCCAUGGCGAAUUCUCUCGGGUACUACAACACAGACAGAUGGGAAAACGGGAUGGAUCCGAACCGCGACUUCCCCUACGGCCAGAAGCCUCAGAAUUGCAUGACGACCAUCACAGCGAGGUCCGUGAAUGAAGUUUGGAGGGAACACGCCUUCCAGCUAGCGGUCACGUUUCACGGGGGCAUGGUGGGCAUGGCGUACGAGUGGGGUAGUCCAGACCACCCCCACCGACAGGAUCGCAAAGGAAAUUGGCUGGAUGUAAGCCCGGAUCACGAGGCCCAGAAGGAGCUUACCGCCGGACUCAGUCAAUUCGCCGGCGGCUUCAAGGAAAAUGGCAGAACGUUCAAACCCUAUCCUACGGGGAGGAUGAACGAGCUCGUGUACCCGGUGGCUGGAGGCAUGGAAGACUGGGCUUACGCAGGGUCGUGGGGAGAGGGAAAGGGCGUCUGCGACCCCGGCGUCAACGGGCAAUACCCGAAGGAGAAAACGAUCUACAGCUCGGCAAUGUUGCGUGCGUUGAACAUCCUGGUGGAAGCGAGUAAUUUCAAGCACCCGCCUCAGGCUCUGCUGGGGUCUCGGCAGGGGCUGCUGGGCCACACACCCUCUAUGGAAGAGCACGGCAACGGGCACGUAGCCAGGAACGUUCGGCUGGCUCUCAUGGCGGUGGAUCUCGUAGAGCCGUACGUGCAGUGGGGACCGUUCGAUGUCGAGACGGAAGAAAACGGCGGCACGAAGGUGGUAAUCGCGGAUGAAAAGCAUGGCGUGGACAUGGAGUGGACCGUCGGGGGAAGCUUCGAAGUAGAUGCCACUCAGCUUGUUUGGGGACCGUGGCCCGAAGAGGCGGCUUCUUUUACGCGAAAAGAUUGGGAAGAGUAUACUGCCGCGGCCGACUCAGAGAGUCGUAGCCCCGAACAGACAGGGCACUCUAGGUGGAGCAAUACCCAGGGCUUGGACGAGGAAGAAGCGACCGUGUUCCGAACAAGGUUCGAGCUAGGAACCGCUUUGCCCACCCUCCCCGAAGACGACGGAAUUCCUGCUGCCUUCGUUGUGGCUGUUGCCACGGUCGACCAGGCGUGGGCGGAGCAGUCUGUUCAAGGCUUUCCGAACGUCGGUCCGCAGAGUCACUAUGUCAACGCCCGCACAUCGGAGGACUGGCUCGAAGAGAACAAUGGGCACAUCGUCCGGGGAAGGCUACGAUGGCUCUCGACCCCGCUAAAAGUAGCCGCGUCAUUGCCACUGGACUUCGAGGCACCAGUGGCGCCGCCCAAUACUACCGCCCCCGCCGUCAACAAAACCAGUGGUGGAGGGGGUGCGGCGGAGCAAGGGGAAGAAGGCUACCGGGAGGGGACGAUUCCCCCGACCGAGCGGGCCAUGCCUUGGGGUGGCAAUGGUAGUCAUCGGGUGAAGCGGAGGGGCCCCGUGGUGACGUCGACCGCGGCGCCGGUGUUGUUGGGGGCUCUUGCUCUGGUCGUGCUGUUGGUCGGCGGUCUGGCGAUGCGACGGGCGACGCGAGAGGGGGGCUUCUGCCGAUUCGAAGGUAGAGGCGCUGGGUCCACGAGGAGACUGCGAGGGAGAGGAGGAAAGGGCUCCGCUCAAGGUCCAGGGGAAUCGAUCGAGAGCGGGGGACCGGGAGCGCGAGAAAAAACUCCUUCAAGCUCAAGUAACAACCUAUUGGGCGACAGCGUGAGUCGGAGGCGGAGUGGGGAUGCAUCAUCCAUAAACGUUGUGGGGGUAGGGGGUGGCGGUACACUCAGUCGGCCCGAGUCGAUGGAGAUGAGGGGGCUGUUAUCGGGGACAGACGACACACCGUGACGCAUGAUGAGUUUUAUUGCAGAUGGAGAGGGCUGCCGUUUGGCGUGUUGCUGGAUUUUUGC